AUGACACGAGCACAGCAACAACUAGCCCUCCUCGCAACCUUCUCCAUCACCUACUUCAUCUGCUUCGCCGGCCUGCUCCCCCUACCAGAGAAGAUACAGGAUGAGAUAAUACCCGUCCUCCCCUUCUGGUUCCUCGUCUCCUUCGGCGCAUUCCUGCUCUUCAAACUCGGCUACGGGGUCCUGACAUUCAACGACGUGCCGGAUGCAUAUGAGGAGCUGAUGGGGCAGAUCAAGCAGGCGAAAACGGAUUUGAGGAAGAAGGGGGUGGAUGUUAGUGAUUGA